CGGCUCGCUCCGCUCGCCGGCCCCCCGGCGCGAGUUGGUUGCUGGCAGCACCCCAGCGCCGGGUCCUGAUAGCUGCUGGUUGCCGCUCUGUUCGCAGUGUGUGUUGUGUGUAUGUCGCUCGCCCUCCAAGGCUCCUCCCGCCGCGCGGUGGAGGCCAUGGUUGGCGGCUCUCUCGCCGUCGCUGCCGGCGCGCUCGUGCUGCGCGCGAAACGUGCCGCUCGCUGCCUGAGCGCCGCGACGGCGGCCGUCGAGCCUCCGCCCGAGUCGCUCACCGGGUACAGGGCGGCGGUUUUCAGCCUGAGACCGUCCAGCUUCGGCCAUCCCGCCGGCGAGGCCGACGCCCGCGCCAUGGCCGACGCCCGGCUCGUCAUCGUCGGCGAGAUCCACUCGAUACCUCCGUGCGUCGAGCUGCAGUGCCGUGCCGCGCUGGCCAUGCUCGCGUCGCUCGAGGCGGGCGGGCGCUUGCACGUCGUGCUCGAGCACCUCAACUUUGAGCAGCAGCCGCUGCUCGACGCGUACGCCGCAGGCACGCUCGAGAUGGCAGCGCUGCUGGAGCAGUACAGCGUGGGCACGGAGGGGCACGACCUCGCGCCGUAUGAGCCGCUGCUCCGCCUCGGGCGCGAUCACGGCGCGCUGCAGCUCCACGCGGGCUUCAUCCCGCGCAGCUACGCCAAGAUUGUCAUGCGCGAGUCCAAGGAGGCGGCCAUCGAGGCGGCCAGGGCCCAGGGCUACCUCGCCAAAGGCGAGACGCUCGACGGCACCGAGGAGCACUACUCGUUCUUCGAGUCGCUGCUCACGCAUCGGCCGCUGCACGCGCAGCCGCCGCUCCCGCCGACGGACAAGUUCCGCCGCAUGUUCCCCGCGCAGCUCAUCAAAGACGCCGCGAUGGCGCACAAGGUGAGCCGGCUGCUCGCUCCGCAGGGCGAAGGCGGGGCGGACAAGGCGCUCGUCGUGUGCGGCGUCGGCCACUCGGGCUACUCGCACGGCGUGCCGGAGCGGAUCGAGCGCGCGCUGCCGUGGCUCGCCGGCCGCUCCUUCCGCGUGUGGUGCCUGCAGGCGCACGAGUCCGCCGACCUGCGCGGCGCGGAGCCGGUGCGCGAACUGCUCACCGACGCGUUUGGGGAGUCCGCCUUUGCGGCCGACGCGAGCCUGGUGAUGAGGCGGCUCGGGUACACGCCAGAGCAGGUUGCGUGCGCGGGCGCAGACGCGCCCAACUUCCAGGGCGUCGCGUCGCCGCACACGCUCGCCGCGCUGCAGCCGGGCGAGGCUGUGGUGGACCUCGGGUCCGGCCUCGGCGUCGACUCCUUCAUCGCGGCUGCGGCCGUCGGAGAGGCGGGGCGCGUCACCGGCGUCGACAUCGCCGCGUCCGAGGUGCGGCACGCCACUGCGCGAGCGCGCGAGCGCAGCCUCGACGGGCGCGUCAGCUUCGUCGUCGGCGACCUCGAGCGGCUCCCGCUGCCCGCGGCCUCGGCCGACGCCGUCAUCUCCAACGGCGCGUUUUGCCUCGCUCCGAACAAGCCGAAGGCCUUCGCAGAGGUGUGGCGCGUGCUGCGCCCGGGCGGCCGGUUCGCGAUCGCAACCUCUGUCGUGCUGCGCCCGCUCGAGGAGGGGAAGUGGCCGCUCUGCAUGCGCAUGUUCUCCGAGCUGAGCUCGCUGCAGCCGAUCGCGACCAAGGCCGGCUUCGCGCGCGUCGCCAUCGACACGUCCGACAUGGCGAUGGCCUUCGAGCUGGAGGCGCCCGAGGGGGAGGCGCCCGAGUCGUGGGCGUCGUCGGCGUCGAAGCAGCGCAACCAGGUGCACGUCGGCAGCGCCGAGUUCUCGCACCUGCAGGAGCUCGACAUGAACUCCAUCUGCGGGCGAGUCGUCAUCAGCGGGGUCAAGCCGUGAGCGUGUGAAAGCGUGUGGGUCCGCACGUAGACGUGUGAUGCAGUGAGAGUGCUGCUCGGGGGGGCGUUAUUCUGUGCAUGUGUUCGAAUUAUUUUUCUGUGUGCCGGUGUUCACUAGUCCGCGCCACAAUGCAC